GGAGGAGGGGGGUUCCUGAUCAAAGCGCUCCGGGGCCGCUCAUUCUCCGCUGGAGGGCGAGUGGAGCGGGAGGAACGGGAGGAACGGGAGCACCGGGACGCUCCGGGACAGAGGAGAGGAAGCCCGCGCCCGCGCCGCCGCCGGACCCGCGCGCUCCGCACAGCUCCAACAUCACGCGAAGACAUGAGCGUCUCCCUCUGAGAGCGGAUGCUGAGCUGAGCGUUUCGGUGCCGUCCAGAGUCCCUGCAGUUUCUCGUGUCCAUCACCUGGUUCGUGAGCAGCCAUGACGAAGUCCUACGAGUUCAACUGGCAGAAGCAUCUGCCCGAGUUCAUGCAGGAAGGAGCCUCCUUUGACAGGUUUGACGAGGAUCCGUACCUGUUCGAGCCCAACUGUCUCGUGAGGGUGGACGAGUUCGGCUUCUUCAUCACCUGGAAGAACGAGGGGAAGGAGGGUCAGGUUCUGGAGUGUUCCUUGAUCAACAGCAUUCGGGUCGGAGCCGUCCCAAAGAAAUGGAUCGAAGGUUUGAGGUCGGUGAUCCACAACUUUAAAGCCAACAAUGUUUGUCCGAUGACGUGUUUAAAGAAACAUUGGAUGAAAAUGUGUUUCCUGACGAACGUAAACGGAAAGAUUCCUGUCAGAGGCAUCACACGAACCUUCGCGUCAGGGAAGACGGAGAAAGGGAUCUUCCAGGCUCUCAAGGAUCUGGGCCUCCCCAGUGGAAAGAACGACGAGAUCGAGCCGUCAGACUUCACCUUCGACAUGUUCUACGCCCUCACGCAGAAGAUCUGCCCUCGCACAGACAUAGAGGAGCUCUUCAAGAAAAUCAAUGGGAACAAAACUGAUUAUUUAACUGUAGACCAUUUAGUCAGCUUUCUGAAUGAAAACCAACGAGACCCCAGGCUGAACGAGAUUCUGUUUCCGUUCUACGACCCCAAGAGAGCCAUGCAGAUCAUUGAAAAAUAUGAGAGAGACGACGAGCUGAAGAAGAAAGGCCGCAUGUCCAGUGACGGAUUCUGUCGGUACCUGAUGUCUGACGAAAACGCUCCGGUGUUCCUGGACCGGCUGGAGCUGUAUCAAGAAAUGGACCAGCCGCUGGCGCACUACUUCAUCAGCUCCUCCCACAACACUUACCUGACCGGCCGACAGUUUGGAGGGAAGUCGUCCGUAGAGAUGUAUCGGCAGGUUCUUCUGUCUGGAUGCAGAUGUGUGGAGUUAGACUGCUGGGACGGCAAAGGAGAAGACCAGGAACCCAUCAUCACUCACGGCAAGGCCAUGUGCACGGACAUCCUGUUCAAGGACGUCAUCCAGGCCAUCAAGGAGACGGCUUUCGUCACGUCGGACUAUCCGGUCAUUUUAUCCUUUGAGAAUCACUGCAGUAAACCACAGCAGUACAAGAUGGCCAAGUACUGCGAGGAGAUCUUUGGAGACCUGCUCCUCAAACAGCCUCUGGAGAGCCACCCUAUUGAACCUGGGCGACCUUUACCCUCCCCGAAUGACCUGAAGAGGAAAAUUCUCAUCAAGAACAAGCGGUUAAAACCGGAAGUAGAGCAGAAACAACUGGAGGCCUUUAAAAAGCACAUGGAGGCGGGAGAGACCAACACCCCCGCCAUCAUCAUGGGAGAGGAGGACGACGCCGAGAACGGUGAGAAAGACGGCGAGGAGAAGGACUUGAACUCGGAGGCUCCCAGCAGUCUGUCCGAGAUGACCAGCGAGAUUCAGACCAACAGCGUUUCCCUCAAAGAGACCGUCGGCUCCAAGAAAGAGGAAGAGCAGAGCAACAGCAUCAAGAAGCUUCCUGAGGAUGAAGCCAUGGAAAUAUCGGAAGCGACCGACGCCACCGACAUCUCCGAGGCCUCCGACCAGGACAACAACAAGAAGGGCGGAGAGGUGGCGGAGGACUCGGAGGAGGCUCUGAUCGCUCAGUACACCUACGAAGGAGCCACCACAAACAUCCACCCGUUCCUCUCAGCCAUGGUCAACUAUGCACAACCCGUCAAGUUCCAGAGCUUCGACGUGGCGGAGGAGCGGAACAUCCACUAUAACAUGUCGUCUUUUAACGAGUCGGUGGGGUUGGGUUACCUGAAGACGAACGCCAUCGAGUUCGUCAACUACAACAAACGUCAGAUGAGUCGCAUCUACCCCAAAGGAGGCCGCGUGGACUCCAGCAACUACAUGCCUCAGAUCUUCUGGAACGCCGGCUGCCAGAUGGUCUCCCUCAACUUCCAGACUCCAGAUCUGGCCAUGCAGCUGAACCAGGGGAAGUUCGAGUACAACGGCUCAUGCGGGUACCUGCUGAAGCCGGAUUUCAUGCGGCGGUCAGACAGGAUGUUUGAUCCCUUCUCGGAGACGCCGGUGGACGGUGUCAUCGCAGCGACCUGCAGCGUUCAGGUGUUCUCGGGUCAGUUUCUGUCGGACAAAAAGAUCGGCACCUACGUGGAGGUGGACAUGUACGGCCUGCCGACCGACACCAUCCGCAAGGAGUUCCGCACGCGCAUGGUGAUGAACAACGGGCUGAACCCCGCCUACAACGAGGAGCCCUUCGUCUUCAGGAAGGUGAUCCUGCCGGAUUUGGCGGUGCUGCGCAUCGCCGUCUACGACGACAACAACAAGCUGAUCGGCCAGCGCAUCCUGCCCCUGGACGGCCUGCAGGCCGGCUACCGCCACAUCUCGCUGAGGAACGAGGGCAACAAGCCGCUCUCGCUGCCCACCGUCUUCUGCCAAAUCAUCCUCAAGACCUACGUGCCGGACGGCUUCGGAGCCAUCGUGGACGCUCUGUCCGACCCAAAGAAGUUCCUGACCAUCGCAGAGAAGAGGGCCGACCAGAUGAAGGCGUUGGGGAUCGACACGAACGACAUCGCUGAUGUUCCCAGUGGAAACUCAAAGAACGACAAGAAAGGGAAGGGGAAAGGGGACACGGUGAAGGCCAGCGUGACCCCCCAGGCCAGCUCCGACAUGGCCCAGACCUCCAACUCAGCGCAGAACAACACGUCCGAGAGCAAAAAGGAUGCAACAUUAGUGCCUAAUGCGAGCAUUGAGGACCUUAAACAAACUAAGGCCUACCUAAAGCUGAUGAAAAAGCAGCAGAAGGAGCUGAACGUGUUAAAGAAGAAGCAUUCAAAGGAUCAAAACGUCAUGCAGAAAGCUCACUGCACCCAGGUGGACAAGAUGGUGUCGCUGCACGAGAAAGAGAAGUCCACUCUGGAGAAACUUCUGGAGAAAGCCGUGAAGAAGCGAGGAGAGAAUAACUGCCAGGAGCUGAAGAAAGAGACAGAAGAUAAGAUCCAGAUGCUGGUCACAGACCAUAAAGUGAAGGUGAAGGAAAUCACCGCGCAGCACACCAAGGAGUGGUCCGAGCUGAUCAGCGGCCACAGCAACGAGGAGCAGGAGAUGAAGGACGCUCACGUCAUGCAGCAGUGCGAGCUCCUCAAGAAGCUGCUGAGCAACAACCAGGAGCAGCAGACGUCCCAGCUGAAGCUCAUCCACGAGAGGCAGAGUAAAGAGAUGCGCGCCAACCAGGCCAAAGUGUCCAUGGAGAACAGCAAAGCCAUCAGCCAGGACAAGACCAUCAAGAACAAGGCGGAGCGGGAAAGGAGAGUCCGGGAGUUAAACAGCAGCAACACCAAGAAAUUCCUGGAUGAGAGGAAAAGGCUGGCUAUGAAGCAUCAGAAGGAGAUGGAGCAGCUGGAGAAGAACCAGAGGGAACAGUUGGAGAAACUGGAGAAGUUCAACGAGCAGCUUUUGAAAUCCCAUCAUGCAAACAAACAGGUUAAAGGCCAAGGACAUCCAGCAGAUGGUGAAGUUAGAGGAGGAGAUGGACCGCAGACCUGCCACGGUGGUGUGAGCGACUGAGCGCGCACGCCGCCGCACGCCCACACAGGUCACAGAGGCACUUCCCCCCCAGACGCCCUCUAAAGAGUCCAGAGAGGAAAUCAUCUGAAAAUAACUCCCACUUUGUCCCUUUUCUUUGAUUUCUUCUGCUUACUCAAACUCAAGUCACCUUCGCUGGUCUUUCAUCAAACUUUUUUGCCACUGAGCCAUCGCUGCUUAACGCUAGAGGGGUCAACCACUUCUGGAGAAGCAAACUCCUCCAUCGGACGACAAAAAAAUAAAUAAAAGCUUCUGUUUUUUUUUGGAGAAGAGAGAAAAAGUGUCAAAAAUCUGCACAAACGUUGAGCGAUACACUGUACACUCCUGUCCUGAGCACUUUCUAUGUGAUAGUUUGUCAGAAAAGAUGUGGAAAUGUAGCACUACUGUAGUUUGUUUUUUUCUUUCCAUUACGAAUGUAUUUAAGGAAGAAAAUUCUGUGUGAUAGAGACGACCCCCCCCAUUGCAAAAACACUUUAAAGGUGAUAAAUGGAAACUUUUGCACUUGAAUCCUGAAAAAAAUCCCAGUUUGCAGGAGUUAAAAAACAAUAAAUGUAAAAAAACGGGUAAAUUAUCUACCAAAAAAGACAAAACAUGGCCGCCUGGUUUUGCACUCAUAUCAGAGUGAAUCUCUCUGAUCUAAUCCAAAACCUGUCUAACUCCACAGUGAUUAAAGUUCGACUCUUGGCUGCACUUUAACCCUCUUUUCCUCCCUUUCGAUCAGGAGAUCCCUAAAUCCGGUUAAACCGAUGUUUUGACGUUCAUGGAGCACUUGUAGGAGCUUUAUUUUUAAAUUAGAAUCCCAAUCGACUCCAGGUUUUAUUGUACAUACUGGAAUGUAAGCGGGCGACUUUCUUCUGUUUUCUGAUUUUUGGUGGUUAAAGGGCUCGGGGAUGAAGUGGGUCUUUGAGGGGGGGGGGGUCUGACUUGCUCUUUUUUUGUUUACCGACCCCCCCACACAACACAACCUAAAGCUUUCACCACAUAUCUGAGGUAAAGUGCUUUUAAAGUUGAUCCAUGGCUUUCAGGUGUGCCACUCUGUGUCUGUUUAGAAACUAUUUUACGGAGGAUAAAAAUGCCAAAUUAAGGGGUUAUUUGUAUGAAGGAAUAUAUCAAUUUAUAUAUAUUAUAUUUAAAUAUAUAUAUAUAUUAGAUAAUGCGUAGUUUAAGGUUAUGUUAGAGGCUUUUUUGCACUAGUUUCUGUGGUUAAAUGUUGGCUGGAGUUUGUCUAAAAAGCAGAUUAUUUUUGCAGAGCGACAUCACUGAUUUCAUUUCCUGGUUUCUACUGUAUCUCCUCUUUAUUUUCUAUUUGAAUUGUAGCUCAUCAGCAGACAUUGUGUGUGUUUUUGUAUUUAUAUUGUACUGUUGGACUUAUAGCAAUGAAAAUACUGUUGUAAUCCAGCUCCUUUAAUACUGUUUUAUAGUCUGUGUAUCAAUAAAUCCAGGUGUAAAACAACUGGA